AUGACUAGAGUCAAAGGUAAAUCUCAAGAAUCGAGUGAAGCACCAAAGAAAGCCGAUAAACCCGAGAAAAAGGAAAGAUGCUCUUAUUCCGUUGAUCAAAAACAAAUAGUAGUAGAAUAUGCUCUUAAACAUGGCAGAAAUGUUGCUGCAAGGCUUUAUAAAGUUGACAAGUCCAUGGUUGGACGUUGGGUUCAGGCUAGUAAAAAAUGGAAUGCGGAACCUGCAAAAGUUAAUUGGAAUUCUCUACGAGUUGGUUCAGGACAAAAGCCUUUAUAUGAAGAAGCCGAAAAUCAGUUACAUAAAUGGGUUUCUGAUCAACAUAGACUGGGUGCAGAGAUUACCAACUCAAAUGUCAGAAAUAGAAUGUAUCAAAUACUAAAGCAACCAGACAUGAAGGUCUUAUAUCCUGACGCGGUAAACGAGUUCAAAGCUAGCUCGCGUUGGUUAUCAGGUUUUUUGUCUCGCAAAAAAUUAACCGUUCUACGUGAUCGACCAGUCUUUAAGAAAAGACCUGUAUGUGACGUGGUAUUAAGAGAAUAUCGUCAAUACUCUAUUCUUAAAGAGAUUAAAGCGGAUGAUGCAAUGCAACGAUCAUCUCAAUCUCAAAAUGAAGUAUUUAAUAAUGAAUACAUGGUUAAGACAGAAGUGGAAGAUGAAGUUGAGAAAAUGAAUAAAAAGUCGAACGAAGAACCAAUAACCGAAAUUCAUGAAAUUUUUGAUAAAUAUACGUUUGUUGAGGCCGAUCCUUUAGCAGAAUCAUCGUCGUUUGUUUCUCAUACACAAAGUCACGUGCAACCUAUUAUUUUACGAUUCAAUUCAUUUGUCAACAAAUCAAGUUCAGACUAUAUUUAA